AUGGCAGAAUUCAAUCGAUCAGAGGUAUUGGGAUCUGUGUUUGACACUACCAACAGAUAUGUUAACGUACGGCCGGUGGGCCUGGGCGCCUUUAGCCUUGUUUGUUCCGCGUAUGACCUAGUAAGGGGCCAAGCGGUGGCGAUCAAAAAGCUAUUGAACCCCUUUGCCACGACAGCCAACGCUAAACAAACCUAUCGGGAGAUUAAGCUGUUAAAGCAGUUACGACAUGAAAAUCUCAUCGGCUUGUGCGAUGUCUUUAUCUCUCCCCGAACAGAUGUAUACCUAGUAACCGAGCUCCUUUCAACUGAUCUCGCCCGCCUUCUGGAGGCUGGACCCCUUGAGCCACAGUUCGUACAGUAUUUCGCCUAUCAGAUACUGCGUGGUUUGAAAUACCUACAUUCUGCAGGUGUUGUUCACAGGGAUAUAAAACCCAGUAACCUGGUUAUCGAUGAGAAUUGCGACUUGAAAAUAUGUGAUUUCGGUCUCUCCAGGCCCCAGGAUCAUCGCAUGACUGGCUAUGUCUCAACACGGUAUUACCGUGCACCGGAGGUCAUGCUUACAUGGCAAAGGUACGGUGUAGAGGUGGACAUUUGGAGUGCAGGGUGUGUUAUUGCGGAGAUGUUCAACGGAAAGCCUUUAUUUCCAGGACAAGACCCCAUUAACCAGUUUUACUUGAUCCUGGACGUCUUGGGAAACCCAUCUGAUAAAUUUAUCUCUCGGAUAUGUACCACGAAUACAGUGGAGAUCAUCAGGUCACUGGAACGGAGAGAGCCACGUCCCUUGCAAAGCGUUAUUCAGAAUCUAGAUGAUUCCGCCAGGAGUUUGCUUGAGAGAAUGCUCACGCUGGACCCACAAGAACGAAUCUCGGCCGAGGAAGCCCUACAACACCCCUAUAUGAAAAUGUAUCACGACCCGACCGAUGAACCAAUAGCCGAGGAAAGGUUCGACUGGAUGUUCAACGGUGGUGAAUUUGACAAGGAGAUGCUUAAAGAGAUGAUCCCUGCAUACAAUCUUGCGUCAUGCUAUCAUGAUAUUUUUAACCAGAACGACCUACUACAGUGA